AAGCAGCGGCCGCCGGAGCCCCAGUGUCUGAUUCAUCCUGCGCCGAGGGGAGGAACAACAGGAACCGGGGCUGAGCGGAGCCAUGGCAGCUCUGGAUGCCGAUUCCCCCGGAGCGGAGGAGUGUCUGGAAGAGGACGAGGAGGAGCUGGAGACGAGCAUGGAAGACCCUGAGAACGAAAGUGCCGGGAAACCGGCCCCAGGGGGGCGCAGCUGCAUCCUCACCCGGCGCGGCAUCACGCUGCGGGUGCUGCUGAAGGAUGGCCUGAUCGAGCCGGGGGAGGGCGUGCUCUCCAUCUACUACCUGGGGAAGAAGUUCCUAGGGGACUUGCUGCCCGACGGGAAGAUCACCUGGCAGGAGACGGGGCAGGUGUUCAAUUCGCCCAGCGCCUGGGCCACAUACUGCAAGAAGCUGGUGAACCCGGCGAAGAAAUCGGGCUGCGGCUGGGCCUCGGUGAGGUACAAGGGGCAGAAACUGGACCAGUGCAAGGCGGCCUGGCUGAAGAAGCACCAGCCCAAUGCCCCCGCGGCCGAGGAGAGUUUGGUGAGCGAAGGGGAGGAGGAGGAACUGGCCGAGGAGGACGAGGACGAGGCCAGGGAAGGUAAAAUCACCACCUCGGAGCCUGGGCUUGGCAAGAAACUGGAGGAGAAAAUCAGGAAGCAUCAAAGCAAGAACCUGGUGGAGCCACACAACACUGAUAACGGACCCCAUGGGAAGAGACUGGAGAGCAAGAUCCGCACUCCCGUCCGUUACUGCACGCUGGGAAGCCGGGACUCUGCCAGGAACCCGCACACCCUGGUGGAAGUGACCUCCUUCGCAGCAAUCAACAAGUUCCAGCCAUUCAACGUGGCCAUCUCCAGUAACGUGCUGCUGCUGCUGGACUUUCACAGCCACCUAACGAGGAGCGAGGUGGUUGGCUACCUGGGAGGCAGGUGGGACACCAGCAGCCAGGUGCUGACGGUGCUGCGAGCGUUCCCCUGCCGGACGCGCCUUGGAGACACCGAAUCGGCAGCCACCGUCGAGGAGGAGAUCUGCCAGAACCUCUUCAUGCGGGGGCUGGCGCUGGUGGGCUGGUACCACAGCCACCCCUUCAGCCACGCCCUCCCCUCGCUGCAGGACAUCGACGCCCAGAUGGAUUACCAGCUUAAGCUGCAGGGGAGCAACAACCGCUUCCAGCCCUGCCUGGCUCUCAUCUGCGCACCAUACUAUCACGGCAACCAAGGUGUGGAGUCCAAAAUCUCGCCCUUCUGGGUCAUGCCACCUCCGGAGCAAAGGCCCAACGAUUACGGCAUCCCCAUGGAAGUGGAGGUCACCUACGUGCAGGACGGGUUUCUCACCAAUGACGUCCUCCAUGAGAUGAUGCUGCUGGUUGAGUUUUACAAAGGGGCGCCAGACCUGGUGAAGUUUCAAGAUAUCUGGAGCCAGGAGAAGACUUACUUAGAUAAGCUAAAGGGCUCCCUCGCCUCCAGGACUCCCAAAGAUCAGGGCUUCGCCCACGUCCUGGAACAGAUCUACAGCCUCCUCAAGCACAGCAGCUGAGGCAAGGCCGGAGUUACAAUGAACUCAUACCCAGGUGCCUUUACACCAGGUGGGGCUCAGCCAGGCCGCCCCGGGCUUGGGGACAUGAGUCUGAGCCCAGUGCGGAGUGGGCUUAUUAAUCCGUGGUAGCAGGGAUGAUGGAGCUACAAGCCUCGAGCAGCUGUUACACAGCAAUGAAGGCCUGCGAGUUCGAGCCAUCAGGCAGACGGGAUCAGCGCUGGAGCUCGGGGGCGUUUGCCGCUGGGGGCUACGUGGACCGCCUAGGCGAGCGCUACUCCUGUAAUACGACUUUGUGGUGUAGCCUGUAGGUCCGAACGAGCGGGGACAGUGGCGGCCUCUCUCCGGGUGUAAGUUAUUUGUGGACGGGGUAGUUCUGAUUAAAAAAAAGUUGCUGACCUG